AUGUAAUAAAGUUAGGCAUCAAAAGGAUUUAUAUAUUUCCUCUUAAUUUGUAUGAUUUUAGCAGGCGCAUCAAAUACCAUAGUCUAUAAAUUAUAAAACUCAUCUACUCUUAAUGGUAAAGCAUUUUAUCAUCCCUUCAUGUAAGCCGUGACAAUGUUUGUAGGUGAAUUUUCGUGCAUAUUUUUAUUUUUAUGGUUCAAAACUUUCAAAAAAGACUAAUAUGAAUAAGAAGUACUAGAAGCCAAAGCAAAUUAACUAGAAACUAAAAUGAAUUAUUUCUGGUUAAUAAUUCCUGCUGCAGCUGAUUUUUUCACUUCCAAUCUUUAAUACAUAGCCUUAAAUUUCAUUAAUCCUUCUAUAUAUUAAAUGUUAAGAGGAGGAGUUAUAUUAGUAACUACAUUAUUCACUAUAUUUUUCCUAAAAAAAAAACUCCAACUAUUCAAUUACAUAGGCUGUUCUUUAGCUGUAAUAGGAGUAGGAAUUGUAGGUUUAUCCAAUCUAGUUUUUAAAAACAGUAAUGAUCAAAAAGAUACUUCAAAAGCAGCAGUUGCAAUGGGUUUAAUUUUAAUUUCUUUAAUUACAAACGGGAUUCUAUUUGUUUCUGAAGAAAAGCUUUUCAGUAAAUAUUAUUUACAUCCAUUCUAAGUUGUUGGAACAGAAGGUUUCUGGGGAUUAGUUAUAUACGCAAUUGCUUUACCGGCUUUAUCUUAUGCCAAAUGUAGUUUACCUACAGAUGCUUGCGUUAAUGUAGGUACAGAUCAAAGCCCAGAUUAUAGAUACGAAUAUCCAGGAUUAUAUUUUGAACAAUUUGCUAGUGGUAUUCUUGGAUUCUGGAUUAUUUUAGGUGUUUUCACAAUUGCAGCUUUUAAUGUUUGUGGUGUAAAUAUUACUAAACAUGUAUCUUCUUUAGCUAGAUCUGUAGUAGAUGUUUCCAGAACAGUAAUUGUGUGGAUUUUUGGUAUUAUUUUGACUGUAAGUAGCUCAAAUCCGAAUUAUUAAUGGGAAAAUCUAAAUGCAGGAGCUAUUGUAGUAGAAGCUAUUGGCUUUGUUAUACUUGUAGUUGGAAAUUGCAUUUAUAACAAAAUUAUUAUUCUUCCUUUCGCAAGACCUAAAGAUGAAAAUCAAAUGCUUUUAGAUAAUGCUUAAAAAUAAGUUUCUUUAUAAGUAGAAACUUCGAAAUCGAAAAGUGAAUCUUUCCAUAAUUGAAUAAAAAUAAUAUUAAUAAUAAUAAUAAAUUUUAUAUACAUAUUUUUAUAUAUUAUUUUUAUUUUUUAAAUAAAUCGAUUUUUUUUUUCAAUUAAUAUAUUUUUUUUAUUUAUUACUUUUAAUUUAUUAU